AUGCCGAUCUUGAAGUUGAGUUUUGAUAAUUUAAGAGAGCCAUCAUUGAAGCAAUGUUUUGCAUAUUGCUCAAUGUUUGAAAAAGAUUGUGAGAUUGAAAAAGAUGACUUGGUCCAACUCUGGAUGGCUCAAGGAUAUCUCCAUUCUUCUCCCAUGGAGGAUAAAGGUAAUGAAUAUUUUAAUAUUCUAUUGCAAAACUCUUUAUUUCAAUAUGCUAGAAACUAUCAGUAUGCACAUAGAAGAGAAAGAGAAGAUGAGUAUGGGAAUACCAAAUGCAAGAUGCACGAUCUUGUGCAUGAUCUUGCUGAGGAAGUAUUCAAAUUUGAAAGCUUGACACGAGACUUGGAUCGGAUGGACGAUGGAGCACUUGAGAUUCAGCAUGUUGCCCGGAUUUCUUCCACGACACUUGAAAGAUUUCUACAAGGAAGCGUUAGGAGAUUGCUAUCAUUGUUUCCUCCACGACGCUUUGAGUUCAGUAACAUGUUUGAAAGGUUCAGAGAUUUACGGACAUUGAAUUUAUACAUGGCUGUAAUAGAGGAGUUGCCCAUCUCAAUUGGAAAGUUGAAACGCUUGAGGUAUCUCAAUAUUUCAAGUACAAAAUUAAAAGCACUCCCCAAAUCUAUGGGCAAGCUCUAUAAUCUUCAGACGUUAAGAAUGUCAAAUACAGACAAUCUUAAAACGUUUCCUAGGGAAAUGGAAAAUUUGAUCAACUUGAGACAUGUUUAUUUUGAUAAGGAUAAGGAAGUUCCAUUUGGGAUGAAAAGAUUGACUCAUCUGCAAAUGCUACCUUCUUUUAAAUUGGAUAGAGCAAGGCGUCAUAGACUUGAUGAGCUAGGUGGGCUAAAUGAACUGAAAGGGGAACUAGUUAUUGGAUCAUUGGAUUUUGUGAGAGACAAGGAAGAAGCAAUAAAAUCAAAAUUAGUGGAAAAGGCAAACCUACGAAAAUUGAUAUUAAAAUGGAGUUGGGUCCCUCCUGAAGAAAAAAAUGGCAAUUUUCUUAACGAGGAUAUUCUCGAAGGACUCCAACCGCACCCCAACUUAGAAAGCUUGACGAUUAAGGAAUUCAAUGGUACUAAAUUUGCAUCUUGGAUGAUGAGAAAUUGUCGAGUAACCAAUCUCCGUCAAUUGAGAAUUAAGAGAUGUGAGAAAUUGUCGAGCUUGUGUUGUGGGUUAGAAUAUUGCCCCUCACUUGAGAUGGUGAAAAUUGAGGAUUGCGGCGAUCUAGAAUCCUUCCAAAUUCACCAUCCCAAUCUCUUCAGGAGUUGA